AUGCCCGCUAAGCGCAAAUCUGAUCAAAUGGACACUACGCCUACGGGCAGUCCUACCAAAAAGAUGCGCAUGACACAAAAGCAGAAGCAAGCGCUGAUGGACAACCUACAACUUGAAAUCACUGAGCGGGCACGUAAACUUCGUGCUCAAUAUGCUCUUCAGGCGAACGAUCUCCGCGCGCGCAUUGAGCGACGCGUCAACCGGAUCCCGGUCUCAUUACGCAAAACCAACAUUGGUGAAUUACUCGAAAAGCACAAUGCUGCCUUGAUCAAACAACAAAUUGCAUCGCCUUCCCGGAAAUACUCACCUGCUAAAAUGUCGCGUAACAUCAGCAAAUCUGUGGACCCAGAAGCACGCGACGGCAGAUCACGGAGGGGAAGCUAUGAAAACCUCUACUCCGACAAAGAAAAUGCUCCUGCCAGUGGCGAGCCUGAAGGGCUUAAGAACCCCAAGCGUCGUGUGAAGCCCGCCGCAGCAGGCGGUGCCUCGCGCGUGGUGUCCCAGGAAGUACGAGGCAACGAGAAUCGGAUAUUGUCUCCUAAGUCGAACAAUUCCCGAACUUACCCACACUCACCCUUCCGUGCGUCCCCAGAGAAGGGUCAACCAUCGUACCUGUCACGUCCCACCUCACCAUUGAAGCAGUCUAGCCCACUGCGAUCGCGCGGUGCUACGGUCUCCGCCGCCGGGAAGGACCAGCGACCCCCGUCUCAUGCUUCAAGGCCGACAAAUCGUGCCGCCACGGGACCCAAGACUACUCGCUCGCCAUUACCACGUCCUGCAACCCGGCAGGGUGAGCGCAAGAAUAGUACAGGAUCUACGGCUUCUUCAGGCACCACUGUCAUUAAGCCCACGCGCACUGGUGCUGGCGCAAGAAAGGCAACAACAACCUCUACUGCAGCGGCUGCAAAGAAGCCAGCUCCUCGCUUGCAGGCUGCAUCAGUGGCAGUAAAAAAGACUGCCACCACUGGCACAAUGCGCAAGACUACUGCCCCAGCUGCGACCGAAACCGCAACUAGAACUCGAGCUCUGCGCAAGCGGAUCUAG